ACGACAUGGUUUGCGUCAGCAUGUUUCUACGGCUAUCGAGUCAUUUUACGGCAGGCAUGUGUCUGUGGGAAGGUUGUUGUUAGCCGAAAGCUAGCUGUGUGUUUUGCAAGCUGUUUAUUCCCCUAAACAUAACAUAACGGUGUUACAGUUAGGUCCAGUAACCCGGGAAAAUGGAUGUUGGAGAGCUCUUGAACUACCAGCCUGAUAGAGGUGCAAAGCGUCCCAGGGAGGAGGAUGGAGGAGCAGCGGGAGGAGAGGAGGACUCCAGAAGAGGGAAGCACAAGAAAGGGCUGAGUGCCAGGGAGUUGGCUAGAUACCGAGAAUCAGAAGCAGGGGGAGACGGAAAUGAAGGAGGAUUCGAGAUGAGGGAUACUGAGACGACUGGGGACAGAAAGAUGAUUCUGGAGAAACUUAUGGACCGAGACGAGGAGGAACCUGAGGCAGAGCCAGUGGAUGAAAGCUCAGUGAAGAAAAUGAUCCUAACCUUUGAGAAAAGAUCGUACAAAAAUCAGGAGCUAAGGAUUAAGUUUCCAGAUAAUCCAGAGAAAUUCAUGGAGUCGGAGCUGGAUCUGAACGACAUCAUCCAGGAAAUGCAUGUGAUUGCCACAAUGCCAGACCUCUACCAUCUGCUGGUGGAGCUGAAUGCUGUGCACUCUCUGCUGGGCCUCCUCAGUCAUGAAAACACACAUGUUGCCAUAGCAGUGGUGGACCUGCUGCAGGAGUUGACUGAUAUCGACACACUCCAUGAGAGCGAGGAGGGUGCUGAGGUGCUCAUAGAUGCUUUGCUGGAGGGUCAGGUUGUUGCCUUGCUGGUGCAGAACAUGGAGCGGUUGGAUGAACAGGUGAAAGAGGAGGCUGACGGCAUCUAUAACACGCUGGCUAUUAUAGAAAACAUGGCAGAGUUCAGACCAGGCUUGUGCACUGAAGCUGCUCAGCAGGGACUCAUGCAGUGGCUGCUCAAGAGAAUCAAGGCAAAGAUGCCAUUUGACGCUAAUAAGCUGUACUGCAGUGAAAUUCUGGCUAUUUUGCUGCAAAACAAUGAUGGCACCAGGGAACUACUGGGUGAGAUGGAUGGCAUAGACGUGUUACUACAGCAACUAUCAGUGUUCAAACGUCACAACCCAGCCACAGCCGAAGAGCAGGAGAUGAUGGAGAACCUGUUUGAUGCUUUGUGUUCCUGCCUAAUGCUGGCCUCCAACCGAGACCGCUUCCUUAAAGGAGAAGGGCUUCAACUAAUGAAUCUCAUGCUCAGGGAAAAGAAGAUGUCUCGGACAAGUGCUCUGAAAGUGCUGGACCAUGGGAUGAUUGGACCUGAAGGAGCAGACAACUGUCAUAAGUUCGUGGACAUCCUGGGCUUGAGAACCAUCUUUCCACUUUUCAUGAAAACCCCCAAGAAGAUGAAGAAAACUGGUGCUUCAGAGAAGGAGCAUGAAGAACAUGUCUGCUCCAUCAUCGCUUCCAUGCUGAGAAAUCUCAAGUCCCAACAGAGAAGCAGACUCCUCAACAAGUUCACAGAGAAUGACUGCGAGAAGGUUGAUCGACUGAUGGAGCUGUUUUUUAAGUACCUGGAGGCUGUGCAACAAGCUGACAGGAGGAUUGAAGGAGAGAAACAUGAAAUGGUUCGUCGUGGGGAGAUCCUGGACGACAGCAUGGAGGACGAGUUCUACCUUCGCCGCCUGGAUGCCGGACUAUUUGUCCUUCAGUUGAUCUGCUACAUAAUGGUGGAGAUCAGCAACUCAGGGAAUCCACAGCUGCAGCAGAGAGUCCAUCAGAUUCUCAACCUUAGAGGAGGCUCUGUCAAAACCGUGCGCCACAUCUUGAGAGAGUACGCCGAGAGCAUCGGGGAUGGGAAGAGCGAGGAGUUCAAAGAAUCUGAGCGGAAGAGGAUCAUGGAUCUCGCAGACAACUUCUAACAGACUGUCUUUGUCUCGCACACAGUUGCGCUUACAGUUUGUCUCGUUUGUCCUCACACGUAAGAACGUCAAACUCUCCACAGUUCUGACGACCUGCCUUGACUUUGAGGACAUUAACAUACACAGGAAAACUUCAAAAUGUCAGUCUGCUGACACUUUGACUUUUGACUCUAUUUCAUUUGGAGACACAUAACACCACUGGUCAACAUUCCACUUUUGUUUUUACUCUGCCUGAAUCUUUGACAUCCAGGACUGAAGUCUAAUUAUCUGAGGAACUAAUAAAUAAUUACUUACUAUUUUUAAUUGAGACCCACUCGCAGUGUAAACACAAUCUGUACGCGUCAAACAGCUAGUUAAUAUUCAAUGAGGAAACCACGUAAAGGUGCUCACUGUAUAUUGUAGCUGGACUGAAGUACGUAGCAGUUGUGUACAGACGUUGGCUUCUGUUUGUUUUCUGUUCUGUGCUGUUGAACACUGCGGUGUAAUUACAGGCAGACUUUGCAGAAAUUGGCAAACUAAAUUUUGCUCCCUCACAACUCCUCCACUUCACCUGCUUCAUUUGUUUUGCGUGUAAAAUAUUUUCUAAUAAAACCUUUGCUAAUAAA